AAUUUCGCACAGACUAGCGUCGAGGUAUAAAAACUGACGCCCGAAACGGAUGUGAGAUCCAUGUGUUUCAGUGUGUUGAUUUUAAAAGAUUUGCUUCCACUGUAUAUUAAGCAUAGCUAAACUAACUCAAAUAUGUCGGCGUCAAUAAUUAGGAGAGGACUGGAGCUUUUAAGUGAUGAUAUAAAAGGUGUACCUGGGAACAAAAAACAGAAGGCUAAGAAGAUGCGGUCAGUGAACCAGGCAGGAGGACGAGGGGACGGAGUAAUGGAUCAGAUCAGCUCCAACAGACAGGGCGUCACCAGGCAGGUUCGCAGGCUGCAGGGCAGGCUAGGAUCAGGCAAGAGCAAGGCUACCGUCAAAGACAAGCGCAUCAAGAGUGCAGUGGAUGAGUUUAGGAAAAAACAGAAACGGAGCCAGCUGAGUAAAAACCUGAGAUAUUUCAUGGGAGUGGCAUACAAAGCAGAGCAGUCCCACACACAAAAGAUCCUGGUUCACAAUGAAGGCCGACAGGCCCGGAAUCGUCCGGACCGUCCUGUACGGAAGCAGAAGGAGGAGAGAUCUCUGUUCACAGAGGAGCAGUUCCAGCAGUUCCAGAAGGAGUAUUUUGGUAGAACUGUGGAAGAUAAGAAGUAAAUGAAGGCCCAUGGACUCUCAGAAAAAACUGAUGUGAGAAGAGACUUGGCUGGGAUUAAACAUCAUCUCUGUGACCUUGGAGUAAAAUAACCCCCCUUAGGUCCUUUUUCAUUUUCAUUGAAAUAAAAAAGGAGUUAAUGGAAGACUGGGAUUUGGCUGUGUUGAGCUGAAUUUAAGUUGUACUGAGAUCAGUCCCUACUGCAGCACAUUGUAUUAUCUGUGAAGGAAAUACAAAGUUUCAGUGCAGCACCUGUGUUUCUGUGGUUGGAUCAGUGCCUGAAAGCAACUGUGUAAAUGUGUUGAGAACAAAGUCACAAUAUUUCCCAAGAUCUGUUUUAUUUUGCAAAUGAGGGUAAAACAUAUGAAUAUUAAUUUGUGUUUUAGAGCUGUUAUGUAGUUUGCCACUUUGAUAAAAUAAAAAAGGCUAAAUUCA